CUCUCUGUGCGUGAGAUUAGUUGGUCAGUUUGUUCAGCUUAUGAUCUGGAUAGUGGUGGAGGGAGGAGUGCGGGGGCAGGAAGCAAGGAAUGUUUACUGUGCUGGUUCUUGCAUCUUGAGCCAAAGUACUCUCUUUUAAUCUCCUCUUCUGCUGCUAAUCUCUCUCUUAAUUUACUCCUAGCUAGCUACCACUAGUCCACUCCACUGCACCUUUCUGUCUAGUGGUGGUAGUGCUAGUACUAGUACUGUCUUGGCCUCCUGGGUGGCUGCCCCUCUUCUGCUGCCUCCUCCUCCUCCCUUCCCCUCCCCUGGCUUGGCUCCCCACAUGGGCCUGUGGGUGCUCAUGGCGUGGUGCCAAAAUGGCGGUCAGGAUGCGUCGUUUUCCUGCUGUUUAGGGGCUUCUUCCUGCGGGUGCAGUGGGGGGAGGAGCCAGCCGAGAUGGCUGUGAGCUUGUGAUCUGUGAGGGGUGUGUGUGUGUGUGUGCGCAUUUGGAGACUGCUGCUUCUGCUGAAUUUCUUUUUGCUAUGAGCGUCUGAGGCAAGAUGCGGCGGUCUCUUGCUUGCGCGGUGCUUCUCCUUGCUUCGUUUCUUGGAUCCAAAGGUACUAUUGUGGAUCCUUCUCCUGCGGUCGCUAACUCGCCGACUGCUCAAGAACAAGCUUCUAGUCCUCCUGAACCUUCAAUCGCCCUUGGUCCAGUAACUCUUCCAUCAGUGCCCUCCGCACCGUCUGCAAGUCCUCCUGCAGAGAAGGGCACAGUCAGCCCUGCUGUUCCCACUCAACCACAAAAUGCACCUAGUCCAGUAACACCCCCUAAAGAAUAUGAUGCACCUCCUCCAGUUGAGCUUACACCCCCUGCUCUGACUCAUGUAGCGCCAGUAGCACCCCCGCAAGCUUCAGUUGUAAAUCCUGCACCAGUACUUCCUGGGACACCUGCAUUGCUACCUUCUGUUCAGGCUCCUGCUCCAUCUGUGGCCAAGAAACCUAAUCUACCAAUAGUGUCACCUCCUGGUGUGAACAGUCCACCAAGCAGACCAAUUGGAUCAGGUAAUGGUGUCCUACCACCUCAAAGAAGUUUACCUGCCGUUCCUCCUUCCACUUCAGGUGUUCCCCGAGAACAUGUAAAACCUCCAAUUCCACCGCAUAUUAUUGCACAAGCACCACGCCAGCAAGCACUGGCUCCAAGUAGUGACCAUAGCAAUGGAAACACAAUGCCCCCGGCAAACACAUCACCUCCCCACAAGAGCAAUCAUAUUCCACGUGCACUGCCGCCAAACGAAUCCAGUAGUCAAACUGGCUCAGCUCACAAAUCGCCAAUUAGCGGAUCAGCUCCUGCAGCAGCUCCUUUUCCCCAGAACACAAAUAUGCCUGCAAUCCCAAAGAAUGGACCAUCAGUUUCACAUGUCCAACCCCCAUCAACAGUAGCUGCUCCUAAACCAGGAACUUCCAGUAGAUAUCAUGGUCGGGGUGGGGCGCCAAAGAAAGGACAACACCUUCCAUUUGCCCCGUCGUAUCCACCAUCUCAUGUUCAAGGUCCUGAGGUUUCACGAGUUCCAAGGCAGGAUGGGGCUAAAAGGCAAAAGCACCAUGCACCUCCUCCUAUGUUUCGAGGCCAUACAAGCUUCCCUGCAGAUCCUCCAUCUUCUGCACCAGCAUCAUCAAGGACCCCCACUCCUUCAAACAAAAGGCCUCAUGUUUCUCCUACUCUCCCACCAAUCCCUCCCAAAACAGCGCCGAAAGCACCAUCUGCCCAUCCUAUUUGGGCAUUACCUCCACCACCACCUAAUCUAGAUUGCAAUUCAUUAGCAUGCCCAGAGCCUCUUACUGAACCACCUGCGGGAGCCCCAUGUGUUUGUGUACUGCCAAUCAAAGUUGGAAUCCGUUUAAGUGUUGAUCUGUAUUCAUUCUUUCCGUUGGUCUCUGAUUUUGCGGAAGAUGUGUCAUCUGGUAUAAAUAUGGCACAGAGGCAGGUUCGUGUUAUGGGUGCAAAUGUAGCUGGUGAUCAGCCUGACAAGACAGUAGUUCUUGUUGAUCUAGUGCCAAUGCAAGUGAAGUUUGACAAUGCUACUGCCUUUUCAACAUUUGAAAGCUUAUGGAGCAAAAAAGUUUCUCUAAGACCAUCGGUUUUUGGGGACUAUGAGAUUUUAUAUGUUGUAUAUCCAGGGCUUCCUCCUUCUCCACCUUCAGCACCGGAAAGUGUUGGUGAUGGGGCAUUCAGUAACAGCAGAAACGCUAGGGCAAUGAAGCCUCUUGGGGUUGAUGUAAACAGGCCCAAAAGAAAAGCCAAUGGCAGCCUAAUUGCUAUCGCUGUCUUGUCUACUGUUAUAGCAUUGAUUAUUUGUACUCUAGUUGCAUGGUUGCUGGUAAUCAGGUUCAGGGGUUUAGAUGGCUUGGCUCAAAGAUUUCCGCAUAGUGCACUUCCAAAAUUUUCCAGAUCAUCUGGUACUGGUCAGACACUGUUAGCUGGUCGCUAUAGUUCACCAUCAGGUCCGUCAGGUUCACUGGGCUCAAGCAUUGCAACAUAUGCAGGACAGGCAAAGACAUUCAAAUUUGCUGAGAUUGAGAAGGCCACAAACAGCUUUGAUGAUUCAAAAGUACUUGGAGAGGGUGGCUUCGGAUGUGUCUACCAGGGCACACUUGAAGAUGGAACCAGGGUUGCAGUAAAAGUUCUGAAGAGGUAUGAUGGCCAAGGUGAGAGAGAGUUCUUGGCUGAGCUCGAGAUGCUGGGACGUUUGCAUCACCGGAAUUUAGUCAAGUUGUUAGGCAUAUGUGUAGAGGAGAACGCGAGGUGUCUGGUAUAUGAACUUAUUCCGAAUGGCAGUGUAGAGUCUCAUCUGCAUGGAGCAGAUCGCGAGACAGCACCCCUCGAUUGGAAUGCCCGCAUGAAGAUAGCCUUGGGGGCCGCACGAGCUCUUGCAUAUCUACAUGAAGAUUCAAGCCCUUGUGUGAUUCAUCGAGAUUUUAAGUCAAGCAAUAUCCUUUUAGAGCAUGACUUCACACCCAAAGUAUCUGACUUCGGACUGGCCAGGACUGCAAGGGGGGAGGGGAACCAGCACAUCUCCACUCGUGUCAUGGGAACAUUUGGCUAUGUUGCACCGGAGUAUGCCAUGACAGGACAUCUCCUUGUCAAGAGUGAUGUGUACAGCUAUGGAGUUGUGUUGCUUGAGCUCCUCACUGGUAGAAAGCCUGUGGACAUGUCUAGGCCUGCAGGGCAAGAAAACCUAGUUUCAUGGGCUCGCCCGCUUCUGACAAAUGUGGUAAGCUUACGACAAGCUGUUGAUCCGCUUCUUGGUCCUAGCGUCCCCCUGGACAAUGUGGCAAAAGCAGCUGCCAUUGCAUCAAUGUGUGUACAACCUGAGGUUGCGCAUCGUCCAAGCAUGGGUGAAGUAGUCCAGGCCUUAAAACUUGUUUGCAGUGACGGUGAUGAGGGUCUUGGAUCAGGAAGUUUCAGCCAGGAAUUGGCUGCACAAGCUGCAGCAGUCUAUGAUGUAACUGGCAUGGAAGCUGAGAGGGUGCUAUUAUCUGAGAUGUUUGGCUCGACUCCUGUCUUCACUCCAGCUGCAGAUUCAGGUUCUUUCCGAAAGCAAUCCAGCUCAGGUCCACUGAUGACAGGAAAGAACCGAAAAUUCUGGCAGAGGUUGCGAAGCCUGUCAAGGGGAAGUAUGAGUGAGCAUGGUGCCUCACCAGAUUUUGAGACGCGCUCGCAGUGUAGCAAUAGGUGAGGUUUUGUUCUUCGGUUCCCUUUGCAAUCUUGACAAGAUACAGUAUCCAGUUCAAUGGAGAUAGAGAGUUUUCAGGCCUAGUUUCUGUACAUUACUCAUGUGGAGAUAAGAGGCUGUAUAGUUCAGGAGGCAGAGCUUCAGCUGUGGACUAGUGAAGGUUUUAAUAAGAUGUGCUCAGAUUUGGUUCCACAUCUGGGCCAAUAUAAUAGGUAGUGCCACAUGGUCAUACACCUGCAUUUGGAUUUGUGAUGUUUGUCUCUUUUUCAGCUUGUCAGUUUGAGUUCAUUUGUUGUUUGUUUUUCUGUUUGAGAUAUUGAGUAGUUUGUCUGGUAGGAACAUGUAUAGAUUCAAGCUACAUUUAGAAGUGCAGUUGUGAACUCUUUAGUUUUUUUGUUGCACUAACAUUUGUUUGCAAUGAGGAUGAUAGCUUCUUGGGUCCUGCUAGUUGCAGUUUCUUGUUAGUCCCACUUGUUUCAGAAGAAAGUUCCAUGUAAUUCUGACACAGUUAAUUAAUUCCUCUAUUCAGUGGAUAAUGCUGUUGCAUGAUUGCAUCAGCAACUAGUGAGAGUCGAUAUGCUUUCUUGAGGAGU